AGAGGCGGGCCUACAGCAAGAGAACUGCAGCGAGGAAGAAGACAGCGGCCAUCUUCGUGAGGUCGAGAGAUUACAUGAUGCCCAGGCAUUGUUCAGCGGCGGGGUGCAAGUCUCGCGACACCAGAGAGACCCGCAAAGCCGGGAUCACCUUCCACAGGCUGCCCAAACGUGGGAAACCGCGCCGGAACCUGUGGAUCGUAAACUCGCGGCGGACGGGACCCCACGGGAAGGGACAGUGGGACCCCCAGAGUCAGUUCAUCUACUUCUGCUCCAAACACUUCACCCCGGAGAGCUUCGAGCUGUCGGGAGUCAGCGGGUACCGGAGGCUGAAGGAGGACGCCCUGCCCACGGUGUUCGAGACGCUCCCGCGACAGAGACGCUCCGCUGCUGAGAGAGCGCAGAGAGGAGCGGGCAAGCAGGCCCCCGCCAAGAGACGCACACGGAGGCAGUCUAAUUCCCUGAAGCAGGAGAAGGAGGAGGCGGAGCCUCAGGCGAAGGCGGGGCCAGAUGCGGGGGGCGGGGCUGCUGUCCAGGAUGAGGAGAAGUCGGAUGAAGGCUGGGAAGAGAGUGACCUGAAGAACAAGGGAGAGGCCAAAACAGACCCUUUACACCAGACCCUCCCCGCUGCCCCAUCUCCUCCCCCUGCCUCCCUGCUGCACCCCUCCUCUGGGUCUCCCCAAGUCCCAUCGCCCCUCCCGCCGGCCGAAACGCCCCCCUCCUCCCCCCUUCCCUCGACCGCCCCCGCUCCGUCACCGUCCGAAGCGGCCGCGCCCGACCAGCCCCCUUCCCCGUCCCGCUACAUGCGGCGCCUCCCCCCGCCCCCCGGGUUCUACCUGGCGCGGGAGCACAGCUACGCUCAGCCCUGCCCCCUGGUGUGGAAGAAGCGCUACGACCGGGCGAUGGACAGCCUGGAGAGGUCCGUGCGCCUGCUGAACGCGGCGCGGCGGCGCGAGGCGCGGCUCAGGCAGACGCUCCUCUGGCUGCGGGACGCCCGGAUCAGGCAGGGGCCUCCGGAGGGCCCGCGGGGCGGCAGGGCGGGGCGGCCGGGGGAGCGGGGCGCCCGCCACGCCCCGGGGGCCGAGCUCAGGGACGGCGAGGCGCAGCGAAUGAGGGAUGACCUGGCCCUGAUGGAGGCGGGGCUCCGGGAGACCGGGGAGUGGGCCGGCGGGGACAAGGGGGAGGACCCGGCGUUCUGCCUGACUCCGCCCGCGACAGCCCCCGCGGCCGACGUCCCGCCGCCCGCCGCGCCGCAGGGGGAGGGGGGCGACGGGGCGGAACAGCGGCUGUUCUGGGUGCAGCAGGGCGCGGAUGGGCGUCUGCUCCUGCUGCCGGUGCCCACGGGCGAGGUCGACGACGACGACGGGAUGGGGGUGGAGGUGGCGGUUUCGGCGGGCGGGCGGACCCUCCAGCCCCUGGUUUCGUUGGCGGGAUUCCAGAAGGCGGCCGCGGGGGACGAGGGGGAGAGGCGGGGCCUGGGGGCCGGGGGCCCGAGGACUAGGGGGCGGGGCGUGAACGAGGCGGAGCCCAGGGCCGUGGCGGGAAGCGGUGAUGUCAGAGAGCGGCUGAAGGAGCACCUGGAAGGGUUCCAGCUGCAGCUGAGCAACGAGUUCAUCCAUUAGCCCGGUCACAUCACGGCAGCCAUUUUGCUUGGGUGUUCAUCCAUUAGCGAGGUCACAUCACGGCAGCCAUUUUGUUUGGGUCCAACAGAGCCCACAUCACGUCAGCCAUUUUGUUUGGGUCCUACAGAAGGUGCAUGUAGCGUGGGGAACACUGCAGCUAAUUUGUGAUGUCUACACUGCAAAAAUAGCCGUCUUAGCAAGCAUUUUUAGUCUUGUAAUAAGACUUGAGAUCUUAUGGGAAAAUAACAGCUUGUUUUAAGGUACUGUUUGCUUGAUGAAAUCUUGAAAUAAGUCAAUCUUGCUCUUUUCCUCUGUUUUUGUCUCAUUUCGCAAAAAAGUCAUAGAAACAAAAUUUUUAAGCCUAAAUGUAAGACCAAGAUGCUUCUUAAGAUUGCAUUAU